CAGAUAGGGGCUGCCAACACAUGCGGCGCGUCUGCAGGUGAGGGAACAGGCUAGAACACACUGAGGAAUUCAUCCUUUAAAAGACAAACAGCGACGGAUAUACACUGUUUUAAUCCUUUAGAUUUUUCUUCUGAGUGCAAUCUUUGCAUUGUGGAGUUCCAAAAAAAAGAGAGAACUGUACUGCUGUCUGGCUGGAAGUGACUUGGAGGAAGAGAGCAGCAAUCGGACAAGUAAUUUCAUAUUCACAAUCCUCCAGAUCGGAGAGUUGACAGGUGUCCAACACUCGCAGUGAGACGAGUUUGGAAACUGCGCGGGCAUUUAAAUGAUCCUCUGACAUAUGUGGACAUAUCGGAAUAUUGCAGCCUCACCCAAAAAAAAAGCAGAUUGAACGACAGACUGUGAGUAAAACGGCGGCGUAUGGACUUUCUGGUGAAAUGAUGAUCGGACUAUAACAUUUUUGCUUUUACGUGCAUGAAAUUCAGAUAUCUGUGGGAACACUCUGUUGAGUUUUGCUUGUCUUUUUUGUACUAAUAUAAGGACAGAGCAACUAACAUUCAGUUCUGGAGGAGGAAAAAGCAGACGUGCACUUGCUGCUUUGCACUGCAGCAGGAGCGAUGUAAGAAGUCGUCCGGAGGAUGAAGUCUCACGCAUCCCGCAGCAGAGGGUUUUGCUCUGUAUGAAAACGAUUUUUUUUUCCUUCAAUAUUCGGACUCUCCGCUAGUGAUUAAUUUUCCUGGACAUUUAUUUUUUCUCAUCUAAGUGGACACUAUUUCAAGGGGGAACAAUGAGGACUACUGGUGCAGUGGACUAUUUGUACUAUUGCAUGCUCAUCCUGCAGUUUGUGCAUCAGCCGGCUGCCAAGCAAGUGCUCCGGUACCGUUUGGCUGAGGAAGGACCUGCCGAUGUCAGAGUAGGGAACGUGGCCGGCGACCUGGGCAUUGUUGCCGGGUCCGGUGAGGUGACAUUUACGCUAGAAUCAGGCUCCGAUUUUUUCAAAAUAGACAACAUUACAGGUGAGCUCACCACCAACGAGAGGCGCAUAGACCGUGACAAAUUACAGCAGUGCCAAAUGAUAUUUGACGAAAAUGAGUGUUUUAUAGAUUUCGAAGUGUCAGUGAUUGGGCCAGCCCAGAGCUGGGUCGACCUCUUUGAGGGAAAAGUCAUCAUAUUAGAUAUAAAUGAUAACACCCCCUCUUUCCCUUCCCCUGUCCUGACACUGUCUGUGGAGGAAAACAGACCCAUUGGAACCCUUUAUCUGCUGCCCACAGCUACAGACAGAGAUUUUGGGAGAAAUGGAAUAGAGCGAUAUGAGCUUAUACAGGACAAUGGGGAAAACUCAAGGCGCUUGGGCUCUUCUGGGGAUUCAUUCAACGGGAAGAGGAGAUUUGAAGAAACCGCAAGCAGGAGCAGCGUCUUUGAACUGCAAGUUGCUGAUACUAGUGAUGGAGAGAAGCAGCCUCAACUUAUCAUUAAAGGGGCCCUUGAUAGGGAACAGAGAGACUCCUAUGAGCUUACGCUGCGAGUUAGGGAUGGAGGAGACCCCCCUCGCUCCUCCCAAGCCAUUCUUAGGGUGAUGAUCACUGAUGUGAAUGACAACAGCCCUCGCUUUGAGAAGAGUGUGUAUGAAGCUGACUUACCAGAAAACAGCUCCCCUGGCGCCCCCAUACUGCAGCUCAAAGCGGCUGAUGCAGACGUGGGGGUUAAUGGUCAAAUAGAGUAUGUGUUUGGGGCAGCCACAGAGUCAGUGAGGAGGCUGCUGAGGUUGGAUGAGAGCACAGGGUGGUUGAGUGUGUUGCACCGCAUUGACCGUGAAGAAGUGAGCCAACUGAGGUUCACAGUAAUGGCCCGUGACCGAGGUCAGCCACCGAAAAUGGACAAGGCCACUGUGGUGUUGAACAUCAAGGAUGAGAAUGACAACGUUCCUGCUAUAGAGAUAAGGAAAAUUGGACGCAUAUUCUUAAAAGAUGGCAUUGCUAACGUGGCGGAGGAUGUGGUGGUGGACACACCCAUUGCCUUAGUUCAGGUGUCAGACCGCGACCAGGGAGAAAAUGGCAUUGUCACCUGUACAGUGGUGGGGGAUGUUCCCUUUCAGCUCAAACCAGCCAGCGAGAUGGAGGGAGAUCAGAAUAAAAAGAAAUAUUUCCUCCACACUUCUGCAACGCUGGACUAUGAGGCCACACAGGAAUACAAUGUGGUCAUAGUGGCUGUGGACUCUGGAAGCCCCAGUCUUGCAAGUAAUAACUCUGUUAUCGUCAAAGUUGGCGACACUAACGACAACCCUCCUAUCUUCAGCCAGAACGUAGUAGAGGUGUCCUUUCUGGAAAACAAUGCCCCCGGAGAGAGGGUGACAACAGUGAAAGCCAUCGACGCAGAUAGUGGGAAGAAUGCUGAAAUAGCCUACUCCCUAGACUCAUCUGUAAAUGGGAUUUUCUCCAUCGAUGCAGACAGUGGAGACAUCCGAGUAAACACCAUUCUGGAUAGAGAGCAAACAGAGCACUACGAAUUCAAAGUGAUAGCCAAAGAUAAGGGCAUACACACUCUACAGGGCUCUGCAACAGUGGUCGUCCUUGUGGCAGACAAGAAUGACAAUGAGCCAAAGUUCAUGCAGGAUGUGUUCACCUUCUACGUCAAAGAAAACCUUGAGCCAAACAGCCCAGUUGGCAUGGUCACAGUCAUCGACGCAGAUAAAGGCCAAAAUGCAGAGAUGCGUCUUUUCAUUGAGGAAGAGGAGGAAAACUUUUCUAUUGAAAAUGACACUGGGACUAUUUUCUCUACCUUGUCCUUUGACAGAGAGCAGAAAACGACAUACACAUUCCGAGUAAAAGCUGUAGAUGGUGGAGACCCUCCCAGAUCUGCCACCGCCACAGUUUCACUCUCUAUCAUGGAUGAAAAUGACAAUGCACCAACAGUGACUUUCCCAUUAAACAGCUCCUACACCCUGCUUCCUCCCUCCAGUAACAUCAGAACAGUAGUCAGAACAGUCAUAGCCACUGACACAGACACCGCCGUUAACGCAGACUUGAGCUACAGCAUCAUUGGGGGAAACCCCUUCAGGCUGUUUGAGAUUGACGGGGGCACUGGUGUCAUUUCACUGGUGGGGAAGUUGGAGCAGAAGCACUAUGGCCUCCACAGACUUGUUGUCCAGGUGAACGACAAGGGCCAGCCUUCACAGAGAACCACCACGCUGGUCCAUGUGUUUGUCAACGAGACUCUUUCUAAUUCCACAGUUGUGGAGGCCCAGGUGGCUAGGAGCCUAAGCACAUCUCUGAACACCAACAUUGCCGGUGACCCCAACUAUGAUCUGAGCAAACAGCGGCUGAGCAUUGUAAUCGGAGUAGUUUCGGGCAUCAUGACGGUAAUCCUCAUUAUUCUAGUCGUCGUCAUGGCCCGUUACUGCCGCCCUAAGAAUAAGAAUGGCUACGAGGCUGGAAAAAAGGAUCACGAAGACUUCUUUACGCCACAGCAGCACGAUAAGGCUAAGAAGCCCAAGAAAGAUAAGAAAAAACUGAAGUCCAAACAGCCACUUUACAGCAGUAUUGUCACCGUAGAGGCCUCCAAACCCAACGGGCAGCGCUACGAUGGCGUCAACGAGAAGCUGUCGGACAGCCCUGGCAUGGGCCGCUACCGAUCGGUCAACGGAGGGCCGGGGAGCCCAGAUCUGGCCCGGCACUACAAGUCAAGUUCACCCCUCCCUACUGUCCAGCUUCACCCGCAGUCACCGACAGCUGGAAAAAAGCACCAGGCAGUUCAGGACCUGCCCCCUGCCAACACCUUUGUUGGCACUGGAGAUAACAUUUCCCUUGGAUCUGACCACUGCUCUGAAUACAGCAGUCAAACUAUCAACAAGUACAACAAACAGCCGUUUCGCCGUGUGACCUUCUCGGUGGUGAGCCAGCCCCAGGACCCUCACCAGCAGGGAUCGCUGCAGAGCUGCUACGACAGCGGCCUGGACGAGUCAGAGACGCCCAGCAGCAAGAGUUCGUCGGGCCCCCGGCUGGGCGCCCUUCCCCUGCCCGAGGACAGCUACGAGAGGACAACGCCGGAUGGCAGUGUCGGUGAGGCAGAGCACUUGGAAAAUGACUCCCGGCCUUUGCCUGACGUAGCCAUGACUGGCAAGUGCACCCGGGAAUGUGACGAGUACGGCCACUCCGACUCCUGCUGGAUGCCUGUGCGCACGUCGCCAGAGCGACGGCCAUCCAAGUCAACCACUACCCCUCAACAACCAAAGCUUUCCACUUUCAUGAGCGGCAACGGCAGCAGCAGCAGCAGCAGCAGCAGCUCUGAGCAGCCCGACAGCCAAGAGACCCUCGCCAUGGCCGCCAUGGCUAAUGGAGACCCCACCGCUGCUCACAUGAUGGGCGACCGCAAUCGUAACCUGCUCAACAAGAAGAUGGCUUCCUCCUCCUCCUCCUCCUACGAGGUCUUCGGCUCGCCUUCCUACGGCUCGCCAGAAAAUGGGGAGGAAGUGCUGCGCCACCCCACUGAGGAGAUCCCUCUGGCACCUACCGGGGAGUACAAGCCCACUUCCUGUGGCACUCUGACGAGACGGGAGGUGUACCUGUGAGUUUGCUUUGCCACAACCUAUGGCAAUGAACACUAAGAAUAGUUGCUUACCCACCACCGUUACAGCUCUAGAAGUUUUUAGCCACCCUUGCUCUCCAAGGUAAGACUAAACUUUCUCCAAAGACUUUACGACAGCUCCUUAAUUGAGUGGAUAUAAAAACACAAUUUUUGCUAAGUGCUAAUUCCGGCCAUGACCUGGAGGAAAGGAGGAGGAGGAACAACUGUUGAGGGGCAUUGACUGGACUUGGGAUGAGGCUAUUCUACUGGCGAGUCGGGCUCCUGGGACAUGACCUGCUGCUUGACAGUCAAUCUGUACAAUAAUCAACUCAUUUUACAUAUACAGUACAUGCAUGCAUUACCUGCCCCAUUUCCUGAAGAUGACACUGUACAAAAGAGACAAUUUCUUUUUUUGGUUUGUGUUUUUUCUAGAAACAAAGCUGUACAUGUGGACUAUUUUGACUUCAAAGUGUGUGGUUAUGCCUUUUUUUUAUUUCAGAACUCUGCUAUGGCCGUGAUGUUCAGUGGCUGCAACAAUAUAUUGGACAUUAUGGUCUCUAUCAUACUGAGCUUGCUAUGGAUUCUGUCACCUUGACUGUUUGUGAUAAAUGUGGCUCUAUAGCAGACCAAAACGUAACCGUGUUCCAAUCUAAUGAGGACGAGAAGCUUUAAAUACUCUGCCCAGAUUACAACACUUGUGUCAGUCCUUUAUUGAAACAUAUUUUGGACAUACAUGGGAGCCAAUGGAAUUUGCUGCAACAACACCAUGUUACAGACUUCAACAACACUGGUAUAAUGGACAUAUGAUGACUGAUUCUAAGCUACCAGUGUGUACGCCCUUGAAAAGUCACUCAUUGUACAUAAACAUUGGACCACAGCAACAACGCUAACUGCUCUCAUUCCCUUUUGUCUUGCUACCUUUCCUCAGUCUCUCGUUCUUUGUCUUUGAUCGGCAAGGUUGAGACCAAAACCUUAUUACGAGAUGCAACAUCUUACAUCUAUUGGCUGGAAAAGCAUGUGUGUACAUGGUCAUGCCUACUGUUUAUAUCAAGUUGUAAUACUUACCCUGUUUUUCCCAAACCACAUAUGCAGACACACCGAAGCGAUUCAUAUAACAGGCCAGUGGCGCUGCCGGAUUGAUAAUUCCUGGGUAAACACAGUGUGUCGCAUGCCGAGAUAACCAUUCUGGAGGUGCAUUUGAAAUUGUACGUGUGUAUGGCCCCGAUAUGCAGUAUAUAGUGUGUGUGUGUAGGCUAUAUUUAGUGUAUACUGUAGAUGUACACCGAUAAUAGGCUUAGGAGGGCGUAGACAUGGCCGAGCUGAUCGUGAAACAGCUGCUGCAAGGACAGCUUUUUACUGUUAUUUCUUUCUUGUUGUGUGAUAGACUGAGCAAUAAAUAUCAUAAUGUACACGUGACCAACAAGCAUCAACUUCUUUUUCACUUCUCCUCAAGCCUUCAAGGUGACACACACACGGCUGUCCAAGAGUCCUUUUUAAGCACUAGUAGAUGUUGCUUUCCAUAGUACAUGGUGAUGGCAUCUUUGAGCACGAAUGUAAGAAUCAGCUCAAUGGCGAACAAUCAAACGUCUGUACGCGCAGUUGGCAAGGUUUUAAGAUUGCAGAAUGGUGUCAAAAAUGUUGUCAAAGUCAAACCAAAGCUUCUCAAACAGGAUGAAGC